AUGACAAAUGCUGCUUCUCCGGAUUCCAUCCAACACAGCAGCAAGUCCAGCUCCUCCUCCGGGGUCAUACCCUGAGGAGGUGGGUGGGUGCCUGGGUGGAGGGGAGUGUCCCGGUCGUGUGCCUCCAUCUUCAAACACAUACGGUGGAGCUGUGAGUGCCGACGGUCCAGGUUCGUGCCAGAGGAGGAGGCUGAAGCUGACCUUCUGCAGGGUGGAGUAAGGGCUUUUAUGUCACACAGACGGCCUAACAACCAAAAACAAGGCAAACACAUGCUGGAGGAAGAGCGCAUGUGUGGAAGCUGUGGAAUGUGACUCAGGAAGACACUCAUUCACACGUGGAGUGUGUGGGCAGAGUGACCUGAGGGUCCAUCGCCAUAGCAACAGGCUGGCCAGCCUGACGCCGGAAGCAGGAAGUGGAGACGGAGAGUCCAUAAAGGCAUCAGGAGGCAGACGGACCACGAGGGAAGGAAACGGGUCACGUGACCUGAUUAAGGUGCUUCAACAUCGAAUAGGCAUUAGCUUAGCAGCUGAGGCAAACUGCAGACUCACAGACUCAUGUUAUUGCUGCAAUGUUUUCAUCCAGCACCAGUUUAGGCUGUUGCCACACACAGUUCCACUGGGUAUGGUGUAUUUCCUUAUUUUGCCUGAUCAGAUGCAGUCUUUACAUGUACACUCAUUAGGGAGAAGCCAGACUUGGUCCAGCUUCAAAAUCUCUGGGAGAUUUGAAGCCAAAACUGACGAUCACCGAGGUCAUCGUCCCGACACCACUAUCCAGCUGUUCGCUACAGCUACAUGUAUCCUUUCCUCAUAUUGAGAAUUGCUAUUUGUACACAAACAUAGGUGAAACCAGCUCUGGGUGUGACCUGAGCAAUAAACUAUCAAUGCCAGGGUCACAAAUCAAGUUUUUUAACAAAAACGGCAGAAGUGAAAUCAGGGAACCUGGGAGGAAUAAUAUGUCCCUCUGUGGACACCAGGGGUCCACGCUGAUGACCUGUGGACACCCAGGUAGAAUCAAAACCAAAGGUGCAGCCUUUCAACAGCUGACCCAGAACCAGCAACUCAAACACAUUUGAUUCCUUUGAUCCAGUGAUUACAGCUCAAAGUGCUGCCAUCUCUGAGUGACCUCUGUCCGUUACUGUGUUUUUUUGUUUGUAGGUCGACAUGCUCCCGCCAAGCUGUUGGGUCCUGCUCAUCCUCACCGUUCCCUCAUGCACAGGACAAGAAAGCAGCUGCAGCUGUAACAUCACCAACAGUCGCUGUGACGAGUUUGGCGUCUGCAGAUGUGACCCCGGUUGGGACGGGGAGCUGUGUGAGCGCUGCGUGCCGAAGCCCGGCUGUCUGCACGGGUCCUGUCAGCAGCCGUGGCAGUGCAGCUGUGAUCCGGGCUGGGCUGGACGCUUCUGUGACAAAGACCUAAUGGUGUGUGCGGCGCAGCAGCCGUGUCAGCACGGAGCCACUUGUGUAGUGGAAGCCAGCGGUGAAUAUGCCUGUGUGUGUCCUGAAGGCUUCCAUGGUAGAAACUGUCAGCUGAAGGCUGGGCCCUGUCACCAGAGGAGGUCCCCUUGUAAAAACGGUGCUCUGUGCGAAGAUGCAGACGGUUUUGCUGCCGAGCUGACGUGUCGCUGUCUGGCAGGUUUCACGGGGUCACACUGCGAGACCAAUAUGGACGACUGCCUGAUGAAGCCUUGUGCCAAUGGCGCCAUCUGCCUGGACGGCGUCAACCGCUUCUCGUGCCUCUGUCCAAGCGGCUUCACCGGACGCUUCUGCACCGUCAACGUGGACGAGUGCGCCAGCCGGCCGUGCCUCCACGCCGGCCGCUGCCUCGACCGUGCUGGAGGCUUCCACUGCGUCUGUCAGCCCGGCUUUGCUGGAAGCACCUGUCAGACGCUGCUGGGGGGCGUUGGAUCCAACCUGACCACCAGAGUUAAACCUCACAGAACAACUAGUAACAGCAGUCGUCAUGGCAACCAGCUGUUUAAGGUGACGGUGAGCGAGCGCAGCGCCAGUCAGCUGUCACGGGUGCAGCUCAUCGUCCUACUGGUGCUUGCAGGGCUCACACUAGGGGCUGUGGCACUAACGGCCUCCUUUGUACUGCAAGGUCACUGCAGCAGGUGCUUGUCAGCAUCACAACGGGGACAGAAGAGCUCGCAGAGGACAGAUCAGGACGCAUGUCAGAUCAACUUCCUGAAUGCUGCAGAACCAGAGAAUAACAAGGUGAACACUAAGGUGAUGCUGACUGAGAGGCGAUCAAGCACAUGACUUCACAGACGAGGAGGACGCGUUCCCUCAGCUGGUACCACCUCUGAGCACUGCAGGGUCAAAGGCUGCAAAGUUCCAAAGCGUCAAGCUGUGAACCAUAAAAACAUACACAUUUAGUCUGGCAAAGUAAAACGACCUUUUUAAAGGUUGAGGCAGUUUGAGCCAAUGCAGACUUGACGUGAGACAACCAAGCAGGUUGGUCUUCACUGCUACUGAUAUUAGACCCUUUAUGUUCCUUCCGAGUUGUACCUGCACCACUUACAGGUUUUGUUGGCAUCUGUGAAAGCACAGUUAGACAAACAGGAGCCAAAUGUGUCGUACAGUAUGUGCUGCAGCCGCUGCUGCUCAUCCCAGAGAAACUGGAUCUGGUCAGGAAACAUUGGUUUCGUCAGUUAAUCUGACAGCUUUGAACUAUGCUUCGGUGAGAUCUUAUGAGGACACAUUUCUGUGAGGUACACACACCUGGAACCUUAAUGGAGCAGUAGUACAAACAUGUUGCUUUACAAGAUAGCCACUAGACGGCAGGAGAGACACGAGGACAGAGGGGUUGACCGAGGAGAAACAAGGCCAGCCAGACUUAUCCCUGCUCUGCUCCACAACCAUCUGAGUAUUUAUGUCAGUGUGUACCUUCCUGUGUCUGAUGGCUACGUGCACACCACAAGCUGGAAAUGGCUCCAAUUUCAUCUGCUGCCCCCUACAGUGUAAAGCUUAGUGUAGAACUAAACAGAUGGUGAUAGCGAAGGCCUGUUGGCUCCUGCUGGCGUCCACCAGACCCUGUUCUCCAUCUUUCCGUGACCACUGUGACAUUAAGAAACAUAUAGUGUUAAAAAAUGGACAUUAAGAAAGAAGAAAACAAAGUCAAAUCUGUCAUUUCAGAUCAAAAUUCAUCACCUAAAUAACAAGAGCAGCCCUAUAAAUAACUUAUACACUUGCAUAAAUGUACAUCACAAUUUAAGUUUAAAAGGCUCACUUCUUUACCACCACUGGACCUGAUUAAAAAUAAAAACCAUU